CAACGGUGUUGCGCGCUUGGGGCCGGUCUCAGAACAACGCUAUGGCAUCCCGUGAAAAGAAGGCCCGCUCCGUGACCGCAGACUCUCCCACACCUUCCCUCGGUAGUGCAAACAGUGGUAGUAAUAGUAACAUAAGUGCCCAAGCCGGUGGAAACGAUUCCGCUCCAACGACUCCAACGUCCACACGCAAAGGAAUUGCCGCCGGAACAGGAAACACAAAUUCCGCUAUUACUGCCAGCGGUGGUACCGCUAGUGGUAGCAGCACAUCAACAACACGUGGUUCGUUGAGUCGCCUAAAGUCCAAGCAACAGUUGCUACAGCUGAACGCCGAUGAAACAGGCACACUAGAGGAGUCAACUGUCGUUGAUACAAUCGUAACCACUCCUUCCCGCACAACACGUGGUGGUGGCGUUACGCGGGAAGAUUCCGCCGGCAGAGAUUCACCCGCUACAUUUGCCAACUCGAAGGACAAAGAUGACACCACCGCACUGGUGUCGGUGAACGCGACAAAGGACGUGGCAAAAUCACCCGCAAUCGGUGCACGGCGUACAACAACAUCAAAGCCAGUAGAAACAGCUUCCACUACUUCUACAGUGAACGCGCGUAAAAAUCGUGUCGUCACGCUGAAGCGUACCGGACUGCUCAAACGCAAAGGGAAAAAGAUUAUCGGAAAGCCAGUUCUGGGUCGGAAGAUGGUCGCCCGCCGCCAGUUGGUGGCAGCGGCCAAAUCGACCGGUACACGUGGUGCUGCUGCCGCUGUCAAAAAGGAAGCCACCUCACCUUCGACUUCCACCUCCGUUGCCUCCAAAGAGAAGGAGGAAGAGCUACCCAGUACGCCCAGUCUGCGUAACGGCAAACCACGCAACUCGGACAGUCCGGUGGCAAAGCGCAAAUCAGCGUCAGUACUAAAGCAGGACAGCAACAGUAAAUCGCUCGACAGUCUGACUGCAAUCAAAAUGGAACGGAGACGCUCGGGAUCGGUGUCGAAAUGUUCCGACAUUACGGAAGAUGGCGAUGGAACUGCAUCCGGAGCGGACAUUAAGCGAGAGCUUUUCGAUUAUGAAUCACGCAGCAAAAUGUUGGACAAAAUGGCUGAAGCGUUUAAUGAGCGUAAAUCGGGUGGUGGUGCAUCGCCGGUCGUUGGUGGAACGUUGCGGCGAAGCAUGCGCCAAAGGAAGAGUACUGCCCGGGAUAAGGAGGAUUUCAUUACGCCCCGCGGAAAGGCGGGUAGUGCGCUGGACAUAAAGAUCGAACCGGCCGAAUCGUUUGAAUCGUUGUCGGUUGAUGGAGAUGGGGAGCUCGCGACGGCGGUGGCUUCGGUAGCCGCCCCACUCACGAUCGACACAACGGAGACGGAAGUGUCGCUCGGUACGGAACAGUUGCACAGUGACGGUGCGGCCAGUAGUUUGGCAGGUGCAAGCAGUAGCGGUAGUGGUAGCAGCAGUGGCAGUGGUGUAGUAGCUGGUGCAGGUGGUCGUACUGGGGAGGAGGAACUGGCAGUGGGAAAGGACCCAUCGCUCAGUCCGGGCGAGCUGGUUAGUGAAGGUGUGUCGGAGCAGAGCGUAAAGGAGUGCUACAGUGAGCCUGCCUUCCUGGAGAACAAUCUGGGCAUCGAGAAGGAUCCAAAGUUGGGCGAAAUCGUACAGGAACGCUUUCGGUGCGACAAGGUUAGUGACGAUGUGGACGCAAACGUGGAUGAAGCGAAGGAGGAGAAGAAUGCUACGGAGGGUGAUGUCGCUAGUGAUAAUGGUGGUGAGGGUGAUGAUGCUCAGGAGGAACAGGAAGUGCCGACCAGUGCUACGGUCAAACCGGUUGAGGUAGAGGAUGUUGAAAUGGAAGAGGAGAAGCAGGGUGGCGUGGAGGAGAAAGAAACGCCGAACGAUCAGGAGGGUGAUAUACAGAAGGAAAACGUGACAGAAAGUGUAAGUGAUGAGGACAAACUGGAGGAUGAAGAGGAGGAGGACAAUUGUGUUGUGAUAACGGGUGAGAUAGAACAGGUUAACAAGAACAAAAGUGAGGAAGAAAAAAUGGACACUACGGAAACGGAAGAAAAGGUAGUAGAAUGUGCAAAAGAGUUGGAAAAUUCCGAGCAGAUAGCCACGAAGACAGUGGAGGUAAUACAGAAGCUAGAGGAGAACGUUACGAUAAUUUUGGAUGAAACGGAAGAAGUUGAAACUACUCCCCUCGCAAAGGACGUUGUGGUGGAGGAAGUGAAGACUGUCGAGGAACACAAUUCUACUCCCACAUUGGUAGAUGAAGAUAUGGAUCAAACAGCUACGCCAGAGGUGAGCCCGGAAGCCGUUGUUGAAGCAUCCGAUGUGAAGAAAACAACGGAAAAUGAAUCGACCGACACUACUGCUGUAGCGACAGUGUCCUGCAAAACAAAUGGCGAGAGCAAUGGGAUUCCAUUACAAUCAACUCCCAAUCAACAAACAUCACGGACAGCAGCAGCAGGUCAGCAGAAACCGCCGAUAGUUAGUGCGACGACUCCCAAAUCCACUACAACCCCCAGCAGCAGCAGCAGCGGUAGCAGUAGUUCCAGCAAAGAAACGAAAGCGAAAAGCCGCACCACGAAAGAGAAAACGAAGGACGACGAAAAAACACGCGAGGAAAAGCUCCGACAGGAGAAGCUUCGGGUGGAAGAGAAGGUGCGCGAGGAAAAACAGCGCGCUGAACGGCUCGAAGCCGAGAAGAGACUGAAGGAGGAACGGUUGCAAAAAUCCCGGCUUGAGAAUGGUCUGGAAGGGGAGGAAGGCAUCAAAAGUGGCGGCAACAGUCCGGCUGCAUCAUCAUCCGGCGGCAGUGUUGCCGAGAAAGAAACCAAGACUGAGCUGAAGACGGCGGCGACGACAGCACUCCUAUCGAUUAGAGGAUUAAAUCUUCCAGCGAUCACAAUCGCCAUCACAAAGAAGGACAGCAACAGUAGUGGCAGUAGCUCGGCGGAUGAGAAGGAACAGAAUACGGUGGUUGGUAAUGUUGCAAAAUCCGAGCUGGAAAUAUUGCCGAUCAAGGCGGACGGGACGCCAGGGACACUGCCAGCGGUUGUGCUUCUAUCGAAGGAGGAAAAACCAGCCAAGGAAGGUGGUGCGAUCGCUCCAUCGUUGGCCGAUUCGGCCGAAUCACGGUUGCGGAACAUCUCACAGAGUGAAAAUGCGGCCGCUGCUGUCUCGGUAAGCGAACCCCCGAAGGAUAGCAACAAGUCGUUGAGCAUAAUCAAAAUUGAAAACAGUAACGGAUCGCCAGUAACCGUUGGCAGUGGUUCACCGACACCCGCCGCCGGCUGCAGCAACAAGAAGAAUGACGCGGCUGAGGAACGAAAAACGGUCCUGCUGGAUGAGUCGGAUGAUGCGGCAAAACGGAAAGAAUCCCAUCUGAAGCAUCUGGGCUUGCUAACCAUACAGGCCGCAUCGGAAGAAAAGCAACGCCGUGCCGAACAGAAGCCAACGGCUUCGAUUGCCUCCGAAGCCCUGCCGGAUGGUGCAGGUGGCGGCACCGGAGCUAGCAGUGGAACAGGUGAAAAUUGGCUAUCAUCCGGCACGAAUCAAACGGCCGGUGGUCGGUCCAGUACCGGUGGCAAUAAAUCAUCUCGCAGCUCGAAGGAUGAAUACACGGUUUCAAUGAAAUCCGUAACGAAGGGCAGCGGUGGCAGUGGGGCACGGGGCGAGAAGCGCAAACAGCAACGGAUGCCGUUAAAGAUGACGUUCCAGAAGGGCAAAGGGAAGGGAAGCGGUGCGCUAACAACGGGCCGUGACUCGUCGAAUGGUUCUGCGGCGUCCAGCAAUGGUAGUGGAUACGCGACCGACACUGGAAACAACAACGGAGACAACACGUUCUACACCGCGCACAUUAACGAGCUGGAUCACCAUUCGUCCAACUCAUCCGAUGGACAUUCUCAUCGAGAUUCGGGUGCUGGUUUAGGUCGAAAGGCACACAGUCGUUCUCAUACUACCGUUGGCGUUAAUCCAGUUGAAACGUGUAGCGAAAACGGUGCCUCGAAGGAAGCGAUUCAAACAUCGAUCGUAAUCCCGGAGAAAGCUUCCUCGUUCAAUGUGCACCCAGAGCGUCUGUGCUGGGACCAGUGUAACUACUGUGGUGGCAAGUUUGGAUUGUACGACACACCUUGUCACGUUGCAGCCAUCAAGUCCACCGAGCGUCAGCAACGAAUUCUGCUCGCUACCCUGCCCAAGAUCACGCUUGACAGUUGCCUGUGCGAUGCUUGCUACCGUCAUGUCGAUCGCAAAGCAAACUGUCCACCACAGAAGAAGAAAUCCACCACCGUAUCACAGACGAGCUCGUCGACAACCACCACCACCACCGCAUCCGGCAUUGUCUCAAACGCCGUCACCAACACCUCCAACACCCAAUCGACCGUAUCACCGCUAGUACUUAAGGUUACAACUAACAAGGACGGUUCAACGAGCAUUGCCACCGAACAGCCAGCAACGCUGGACGAUGGAUCUACCGCGGGUGGAAAGGCACGGGAAAUCUGUGCCGUGAGGCAGUGUAACGCACACGCGAUGCAAUCGUUGCGCCGCAAGUGGAUGGUGAAGAUGAGGCGCAAAAUUGGCAAACAGUUGGACAUCAAUCUCGAGCAGGCGGCCAAAUCGACCGCCGAAUACAUCUCCAUCUGUAACAAACAUUACGAGCAGAUAAGCCACCUGAUGAUAUGCGCCAUGUGUACGAAACCGCUCCAACGGAACCAUGUGUACCAUUUGUACAAUAACAUUGUACAGCUGGAGCGCUUGAUUCAGGAUCAGGGCAUUUCGUUGAGGCUGAGCAGUUCAGAGCUGGUCGUGUGUAAAUUAUGUAAAUAUUAUGCUAAUUUAUUGAUUAAGCCCCCGGAAGCGAAAACCAGAGGGGCUCAAUUCGUUAAGGAUUACAAGAAAAGAUUGUGUAACUACCGUCAGCGGGCGGCAGAAGAGCAGCAACAGCAGCAGCAGCAGCAGCAGCAGCAGCAACAGAAGCAUCCAUUAGAGCAACUACAGCAAGAGCUUGAUGCAAUGCGAAGCAUAGAACCGACUGCACCGCCCCGGCAACGGGCCUCCCUUCCGGUUACCGACAUAGUAAUUUCGGACGGUGACGAAGAGGAGGAAAUGGCGGAAGAGGAUGAAGUGGAAGAGUGUUCUGCACCACAGCAGCAACCACCGGUAGCAGUCGAAGCACGGUAUCAAACGUAUGGCAAUUUGUUCUCCAUCGGUGAUAGUUCCGUGUCGGUGAGGAGACGCGUCAGCAACCAGAAAUCAUCCGAUGUAUCGAUUGUCGAGAACAAUGUGGCGUCGCAGAUGGGUGAGCUGGAAGAGAUCAGUAUCAUACCGACGACAAAGUCACUGACCGUGAUGAACCAACAGCAUCUGCAGCAACAUACAGCGCAAGAUGAUAACUUCGACAUGACGAAGGUGCUCAAAUCGAAUCCAAACAUUUCGAUGCGUGAACUGUUCCCGGGCGAAGAGGAGCUGGGCAUACACGUGAACAUUCCAUUCAGCUCGUCGUCGAUACGUACGCCGGAAGGCUGGACGAAGGUAACCUCCACGAUGCAGUUCGACGAUAGUACGCGUGCCCUGUGGGAAGAGUUACAAAAACCGUACGGCAAUCAGUCGAGCUUUUUGCGCCAUUUGAUCCUGUUGGAGAAGUACUUCCGGAACGGGGAUUUGGUGCUAUCGCCGCAGGCGAAAAACAAUGCCACGACAUACUCGGAAGCGGUACAAAAUCGGUUACGAUCGUACGAUAAUAUUCCAUCGUCCGUUCCUACGUCACCACCUGCGUUAGCCUCGUUGACGCCGGUUACCGCGAAUGCGGCACCGGAUAAAACGAGCAGCAUAUUCCAGCAGUUUAGCAGCGCUACCAUUACGAUCGUCCCGGCUAACAAGGUUCGCCCAAAGACGGGUACAACCUCCUCCUCUUCUUCUGCUCUCUCAGCGGGUAGCUCGAACGUUAGCAACAAUGCGUCGGACAUUACUCCCGUAUCGCCACCGGCUCCCGUCAGCUUGCUUAAGUCGAAUAAUCUACACCUAACAAACAAUAGCGAUCAGGCGGCGAAAAACAGUCUCAAACGGAAACUAUCGCACGAAGGAGGUGGACGAACUUCCGGCGGUGGGAACAUUUCGUUCGGUAGCUCGACCUCUUCACCCCUGAACAAUAGUGGUUCGAAUGUGUCGAAGGUGGUAAGGCUAGACGAACCGAAGGCACUGCACUCAUCGCCACCCGAGCUUAUCAGCAUCAACUGUAAGCCAAGCGUAACCAUCACCACCAUUCCAUCGGGACAAGCAGGUCCUCCAACCUCCACUGCAGCACUGACAGCAACUACUCAGAAACAGCUGUCACUGUUGAAUCAAUCCUCACAGCAAUCCUUACUGCAGACGGCAACACCCGUUCUGAUGGCGAAGAAAUCCGCCCCAGCUACUACCAACACACCCGCCUCGGCCACCAACACGAAUGCGGCUGGAAAUACGACGCGAGAUAUCAUCCAAAUGCCAGAACAACUCACCGAAGCGGAACGUCGUGAAUCAUCCACACGCCCGUGGAGACCAACGCUACUUCCGAUAUCGCCUGGCGUUACGGAAAGUCUUAAAUCUGGCCCACUGUACCAAACUGCCGAUGGACGACUCCUACCGAAAUUGGUACAAGUCAUGUCCGGCGGUAAACCAUAUCACAUCUCGAUCGAAGACUAUAACCGGAUGUGCAUCUUGAGGCGCGAAAAGUUGCUCCAACAGCAACACAACAUGAUACAGACGGCUAACAAACGGCAAUCACAACUGCCACAGCCCAACAAACCCUCCCAGCAGCAAGUCGUCACACCCGUCAUACCUCCAGUUCCAGCGCUACGCUUAGCUAGCACGUCGGUGGAAAACACACUUAUCAAUAAUGUGCCCACCACAUCCGGGACGAGCACUGCCGCCACCAAGGUGGUACAAUUUCCCAACCAACUGUUGGAACAAAACUCACUCAUACCACUUUACGGUGGUGGCGGAACAACGAGCAAGAUUGGAAAUUCGGCACCGAAAAACAGCAGCAGCCUAACCGUAAUGGUGACUCCAACGGUCAACAAUAAUAGCCUUGCCAGUAAAACCGCCACGGUUGUCCCACCGACUAUGAAGCCACUCUCCCUGCCCAACAGUACCACCGUGUUCCCGAUGAUGAUAUCCGCCAACACAAUCUCCCUACCUUCUUUAUUCAACUCCUCCUCCACCUCCGUCGCUUCUACGCUGUUUAGCGGUUAUGGUGGUUCGACAACGCAAAGUUCAUCCUCCUCUACCGCCAUGAACAGCAACAGACUUUCUGCUGCGACGACUUCGAUUGUACUGGCGCAACCUUCCACUCAUCUUACCCAAACCACCAGCAGCAGCAGUACGACGACAAUUAAUCCGCUCGAUCAGCUGCUUAAGGAUGGUAAUCUGGUGACGCAAGCGCAGCUGCAAGAGUUUGUGGCGGCAACCGCGGCGAACGGUGGUGGGGCGGUUUCACACAUGGACAAUUCGCCCGACAAGCUGCUGUCGAAAAUACCAAAAUCGUUAACUGUGAUACCACAACAGAAACAAAGAUCAAUGUCGCGCGUUUCCUCGCAUGAGGACCAAAACAGUGCCUAGAGAGAAAGUGUGUGUAUGUGUGUGUGUGAGAGAGAGAGAGAGAGAGAGAGAG